AACUAAUCGCCUGUAGGGACCUACUAGAGUCUAUCUAUGUUGUGUUACAUCGGAGUUGGAAAACCAAAUAGCCACCACAACAUGGCCUAAAGCUUGGCUGUUUAGGGAGUUAGUCAACACCGUACAUGACCCGGACACACGACCUGGCGGCAAAGUGGUACUUGGUCAACGGCAACAGGCAUUCGGCAAACGUGACAACCCACUGCUCAUCGUGUCUGGCCAUCAAAUAGGCCAUGAACUCCAAAGUACCAAGUCCUUAAGUAUCUAUCUCUACCUGGCCGCCAACCCAUGAGGAAGCUCAGCUCUGCACCAUCGAGGAGUAUGUAGUGGAACAACUCUGGAAUGCCUAAUCUUCAAGCCCGGACAUCGAUUCGAUGGGGGUAGCCAAAUCUGUCCUUCCUCUCUCUCAAGUAGGUUCAGCCUGGCCCCAGGUCAGGCUUUGUGCCUCGUCACAUCCUUCCGCCUCGUGCAACACAUCUGGCCACGAGGAGGAAGAAGGCAAUCAUUUCAAAAGCAAUCACCUUCUCUGUGAGAUCUUCCCCCCCUCUUUCCUUCCUUCUCUCCUUUUCCCACUUUGAUAAUGUCUACACAAGCAAAUACUCCUACUGCAUAAUUCUUCAUUCCAUUUUAAACGAAUUUUCUAGUUGCACCUUCCUUCUCGGUGUUUUGAUUUUCCCCCUCUCGUGUUCUUCAGAUACCUGUGGUACAAAACCCUUUCUUCUACUUGUCCUAUUUUCUUAUACUCUGUCACCCACACAUACUUAAGUGCCCCCUCUUCUUUCACUUUCCUCCCCGAGCCUUCAUAAGAUUCAAAGGCAAGGUCUUGGGCAGUGUGUCACUUGCGUCUUUGUCCCUUUCAACAACAGUCUCAAUCUCUAUCUUACACCCACAACUGCCUACUGCACCGCACAUAUCAAGAUCUUUCUCACAGUCUCUACUCAUCCAAAGUGUUGUUUCGCCAGGCUCCUGUCUAUCGUUUCAUCAUUCACAAUGCGGACUUCUACUUUCAGUCUCAUUAUCUUUACCAUAGUAUCUAUAGCCAUCGGAGCUAUAGUUGCCGCUACUGCCUUUGGGGGUGAAAGUGUUGAGCACCAAGCUGCUUCUUCGCUGGGUGUCGCAACUACCACCAGCAAGAUGAUCUACACUGCAGCUGCUACUACUUCCGUUCUCAAGAUGAACCCUCUCUGGACCAUCAACACUAUCAAGCCUGAGACAAUUGUGAUCAACGUCAGGACCAACCAACUAACAAUGACCACUGCUGCAAGUGCUCUUCCCAUCGUCGAAUGCAGCCACAAGAAGUGUCGCUCCAUGUGCACUCCAGUUGGCGUCACCGGCCAGUUUUCAGUCAAGGGUCCUGUCUCAGGCGACGAAAUCACUUCUCUGGUCAGACGCGCCCAGUUUGGAGAUCAUGAUGUCUUCAAGACUGUGGAUCACGAGGGUCUUAUUACAACUACUUUUACCUCCGCCUCCACCGCCACAACCAUCGAUUGCAAGUACAAGUACUGCAACAACAACACACAGUACUGUAUGUACUGGGCUGGAGUCACUGGCUGGGACCCAUCUCUCGGCCCGAUCCCUGGCAUGACGGGUACCUCUCUUGGUGCUUGCCAGACCAAGGAUGUCAUCACAAGUGGUGGAUUCCCAACAAUGACUGCAACGACGAAGAAUUGCACGAACAGAGCUAUCACUAAAACCUUCUAAACACUUCUCAAUUGACACGCACGACAUAAAC